AUGCGUGCUCUUCUUGAGAAGAUUCGCUCAUCACACAAGGAUGGAUCGGAGCCACGGAUCACGGGAAAGGGGAAAGGAAAAGAGAUCAUCACACGAUUCGAUGGCGAGGUCAUCGAGGGUGAACCAGAACCUGCGCCGAAAGAUCCUCGGAAGGAACCUGGUUUUCGUCGGCGCCCAGGGCGGGAAGCAUUCCACGAAGCCAAGUACGAGUAUGACCAAAACUCUACUGGACCACCGCCUUCUACAGCUGUCCUCGUAACGAACAUUUCGCCUCUUACUCCGACGCAAUAUAUCAGGCAAGCAUUUGCUAGACACGGGAAAAUCACGUCGUUCGAGCCCCAAAUCGACAUGGAGACAGGAACGGCACUUGGCAUCGUAUUUAUACGAUAUCAAAACCACCAAGAAGCCAAGCAGUGUGUAGAGCGAGCGAAUGGAAAGAAACUUAGUGUUGUGGUCGGAGCGUCUGAGGGAGAAGAGUUAAAGGUAGUGUUCGAUGGUCAGGGAGCAAAGUUGAAAGCAGUAUUGAAGGAAUUGGAUGAUAGGAAGAAGCGGGUCCGAGAGGAGAAACGGCGGAAGGAAAGGGAGGCCAGGGCUCCUCAGGUUACAUCCACUCCCACCUCCAAUUCCGGACAUACUCCUGCAUCGAACCCAAAUCGGCGAAUGAACCACGCCCUUCCUCCUCGUCCCGCUCAUAUACCACUUUCCAAUGGACGAUCUUCGCCUUCCAGCCACCACAGGGGAAAGAAACCCCCACCGCCACCGAUACUUACGAAAGCGCGCAUGAGUAAUGCCUUCAAUGAUCGAUCUACCGGCUUGCAGGAACUAGUUCCGUCAUCGACACAUUCUUCUUCUUCUACGCCAGUACACGUUCGUGGCCGUUCAUCUUAUCACUCGCAACGGCACGGCCGGUCUCGUUCCCCACGCACACGAUCUCCAUCUCCAAUAUCCCGUCGUCCCGGUCAUCCCAGUUCCCGACAUCAGAACCAACGCGAAGCCCCAAGUUCAUCUGUCAUCGAGGCACUUACUAGAAACGGCUUUGAUCAUGUCCGAAUCGACCUCGGCAGCGGUGCGAUGGGCUCCAUACACGAGGACGAUGUACGGGCUUUCGUUCAGGAUUUUAAGAUUGAGUCUGUUUUACGCGACCGCGGGUCUUGGUAUGUCACAUUCAAGACUGCUGACUCGGCACGGCGAGCAGCGAUGGUGCUUAACUCAAGUGGUCGCACUCUCGUGCACCAUUCUGUAUCUGUUACGGCUUGCCCGCCACCCAGUCAACCUGCGCCUCAGCCGUCUGUGAAGGUGCCUUUGACCGAUGAAGAGACCGUGCAGCACGCGGAACAGACGAUUUUGCGGGAGCUCAAGACCUUGUUGGAAAAGGAUAUCACCGAGCGCAUAGUGGCUGUGGGACUGAGAAAGCUAGUCGCGGAAGAGAGGGCAAAGGCCACGGAUGCAAAGACGAAGGAAGGUGUAGAUGCAGUGACCGAAACGAAGCCGACUGAGAAGCGUGGAUUGAAAGGUCUGUCGUUUCGUAAACCCGGGAAAAGAGGUAGGGAAGAGGAAGACGAGCCAAAGGUUGCGGUACCUGAUGUUCAAGAGGAGACGGUUACGGCGGUCCAUGAAGCGCAACCUGAGAUAGAGUCCGAACCUGCACCCUUGACCCCUCCGAAGAAGAAGCGGAAAAAGGUGGUGGCAGAACCGCCUCGGAUGGAGACACCAGGUGUUGGUGCUGUUUCCGAGGACGAGGGGCUAACAGAAAUCCGGAAAAGACUUCUUUCGGAGGAGGCUGAAGAACCUGUCAAGAAGAGAGUCAAGACGGACGGGAUUUUGGAGGAUCAGGUCCCUCCCAAAAAGACCGCGCUCAAAAAGAAGGUACCGAAGAAGAAAGUGGUCGCCAAGGAAGUCAUCGAGGACAUCCUCUUGUCUGAGACUUUGGAAUACCCGCCUCCAGCGCCAACCGUCGAGCUAUUGACGUUUGAGCCAACAUCCAGACCAUUAACACCGACUGUUGAGGUUCCCCCAUCGCCUGCGCGUCCGCCAGAUCCGUUGAAAGAAGGACUUUGUGAGGAUGACGAGGACCUCUAUUUCGCUCGUCUCGCGAUUUCCGGUGAAACUGAAAGGCCACGAUCACCCUCACCCCCGCCUGACGCAGUGCCACCAUUCCGCAAACACGUCACUGGAUCGGCCCGUACGGAAGGCUACUACAAGAUUUCUCAUGCUGAGAAGUCUGCAUAUGUGGCACAGUACUCGUUACGUUCCACUAAUGCGAAUGCCGCACCGACCGAACCCACUCCUCAACACGUUGUAUCUUCUCGAUCUAACCGUGCCAAUGCCCGGCGGCGUGCACAAGGGUUGGAGGAAAUCAAUCAAGUGCAACGAGCGGUUGCACUUUCAAAGGGAGAGACUGCCGCAGCAGAACUUUCGAUCAAAUUUAACCAACUGCAGACUCGGAAGAAACAUCUACGUUUUGCCCGUUCUCCUAUCCACGAUUGGGGUUUGUAUGCUAUGGAGCGUAUCGCUCGUGGUGAAAUGGUUAUUGAAUAUGUGGGCGAGAUCAUCCGUGCGGCGGUGGCGGACAAACGGGAGAAGUUGUACGAACGUCAGGGUAUUGGGAGUAGUUAUCUUUUCCGUAUUGAUGAGGACUUGGUGGUCGAUGCCACGAAGAAGGGAAAUCUAGGGCGGUUAAUAAAUCAUUCCUGUGAUCCCAACUGCACGGCAAAGAUCAUCACAAUCAGUGGGGAAAAGAAGAUCGUCAUUUAUGCUAAGCAGGAUAUCGAACUUGGAGAUGAAAUAACAUAUGAUUAUCAUUUCCCUAUCGAACAGGACAAGAUUCCAUGCUUAUGUGGUUCUGCUAAAUGUCGUGGCUACCUUAACUAG